AUGAGGCCACUCAUCUGGUCUUUGUUUCUCUACGUCACGACGGCACUGCCCAAGUUCCCUCGUGAGCAUUCUGACGUUCAACCUCAACUGCUCACCGACCCAACCGUGCUUGCCAACACCACUGUCGACUACAUCAUUGCCGGUGGUGGCUUGACCGGCCUGACCAUUGCCGCACGCCUGACCGAGGACCCUAACAUCAAGGUCUUGGUCAUCGAGAGUGGCUUCUUCGAAUCAAACCGUGGUCCCAUCAUCGAAGAUCUCAACAGAUAUGGUGAAAUUUUCGGGACCGAGGUUGACCAUGCAUUCGAGACUGUCCCACUUGCCGUCAACAACCGUACCGAGAAUAUUCGCUCCGGUAAUGGCCUGGGAGGUUCCACCCUUGUCAACGGUGGUACCUGGACCCGACCUCACAAGGUUCAAAUUGACAGCUGGGAGAGGGUCUUUGGCAACCAAGGCUGGAACUGGGAUGAUCUUCUCCCAUACAUGCUCGAUAUCGAGAAAGCCCGCCCCCCCAACCAGAGGCAAAUCGAGGCUGGCCAUUACUUUAACCCACAGUGCCACGGGUCGAACGGUACCGUCCAUGCUGGACCCCGUGACACUGGCGAGUCUUACUCUCCUAUCAUGAGGGCGCUUAUGGACACUGUCAGCGCAGAUGGCGUCCCUGUCAGGAAGGACUUGAGCUGCGGUGACCCUCACGGAGUGUCCAUGUUCCCCAACUCGUUACACGAGAGCCAAAUCCGUGCCGAUGCUGCGCGCGAGUGGCUGGUCCCCAACUACUAUCGGCCCAACCUCCAAGUUUUGACCGGCCAAUCGGUUGGUAAAGUGUUGCUGGACAAGACCGUUCCUGGUGCUCCCAAGGCAAUUGGUGUUGAGUUUGGAACGCACAGGACUCGAAAGUAUGAAACCUUUGCUAGCCGGGAAGUCCUGCUGGCGGCCGGAUCGACUAUUUCCCCUACGAUUCUCGAGUACUCGGGCAUCGGUAUCAAGUCGGUUCUGGACUCGGUUGGCAUCGAACAGGUGGUGGACCUGCCGGUUGGUCUUAACCUUCAAGACCAGACCACCGUCAACUUGCAGUCAAGGAUCACCCCAGCUGGUGCCGGUCAGGGCCAGGCUGCGUACUUUGCCACAUUCAACGAGACAUUCGGCGACUUUGCUCCCCAGGCACACGAACUGCUCAACAUCAAGCUGGACCAGUGGGCCGAAGAGGUCGUGGCCCGAGGCGGCUUCCACAACGCGACGGCACUGAGGAUCCAGUAUGAAAACCACCGUGACUGGCUGGUUAACGACAACGUGGCUUACACCGAGCUCUUCCUCGACACGGCCGGCAAGAUUAGCUUCGACGUGUGGGACUUGAUCCCCUUCACUCGCGGCUAUGUUCACAUUGCGGACAAGGAUCCCUACCUCCGCCGCCUGAACAACGACCCUCAGUACUUCCUGAACGAGCUUGACGUGCUAGGCCAGGCCGCUGCUUCCAAGCUUGCCCGCGAGCUCUCCAGCAGGGGAGCCAUGGCGCAGUACUUCGCCGGCGAAACUGUACCCGGGUAUGAUAAAUUGCCAGCGGAUGCGAGCUUGCAGGACUGGGCGAAGUACGUGAAAAACAGGUUCCGGGCCAACUACCACGCCGUGAGUACAUGUUCCAUGAUGCCCAAGGAGAUGGGGGGUAUUGUAGACUCGACGGCACGUGUGUAUGGCGUUGAGAGAUUGCGGGUGGUCGAUGGCUCUAUUCCUCCAACGCAGGUGUCGUCGCAUGUGAUGACAGUGUUUUAUGGCAUGGCGGCGAAGAUCGCAGAGGCGAUUCUGCAGGAUUAUCAUGCGCGGAAGUAA